UGUGUGAUGCUACAACCUCCUUAUAAAGGGACUCUCUCUCACGUUGUGGCUUGGAAAUUAGAGCACAUUGCCUAAAAUUGAGGUCUCCACAUACACACUCUCACACACGCCGAGUCACCAAGAACCGCUGCCAUGAACGUUGAGGAGACGAUCCGCAGGGCCGAGACGCCUCUCUUCUGGGUCGGUGCGUUCACUGUGGCCUCCCUGACGCUGUGGUUGCUCUACAAGCUGCUCUCAGGCUUUAGGAUCUGGGUCUUGGGAAAUGGGCAGCUGCUGUCUCCGAAGCUGGGCAAAUGGGCAGUUGUGACGGGAGCCACUGACGGAAUUGGGAAAUCCUAUGCGGAGGAGCUGGCUCGUCGAGGAUUUGCUUUAAUGUUGAUCAGUCGUUCCCAGGACAAGCUUGAUGACGUGGCCAACCUAUUCCAGGAGCAGUAUAAAGUGGAGACUAGGACCAUUGCUGUUGACUUUGGCAAGGCGGACAUCUAUCCUAAGAUUGAGGCAGGGCUGGCUGGUCUGGAGAUCGGUGUUCUUGUCAACAAUGUCGGCGUGUCUUAUCCCUACCCUGAGUACUUCCUCCACAUUCCUGAUCUGGACAAUUUCAUCACCAAUAUGAUCAAUGUCAACAUGACCUCAGUGCUUCAGAUGACCCGUCUUGUGCUGCCCAGAAUGACUGACAGGUCCAAAGGUGUCAUCCUCAACAUCUCCUCUGCCAGCGGCAUGUACCCCGUCCCUCUGCUCACAGUCUACUCUGCAACCAAGGCCUUUGUAGACUUCUUCUCCCGUGGCCUUCAGGAGGAGUACAGGCGUCAGGGCAUCAUCAUCCAGAGUGUGCUUCCCUUCUUCGUCGCCACUAAAAUGACUCGCAUCAGGAAGCCCACCUUGGACAAGCCCACCCCAGAGCGCUACGUGGCAGCUGAGCUCAGCACUGUGGGUCUGCAGAGCCAGACCAAUGGCUACUUUCCCCAUGCUGUCAUGGGUUGGUUGACCACCAAGCUGGUGCCGAGCAGAAUUGUCAUCUUCUUUGGAGCCAGAAUGAACCGUCUCCAGCGUACUGGAUACCUGCACAGGAGGAGGCUGAGGGAGCAGAAGAAUGGGACCAACUUGAAGAGUGACUAGGAGGAUGGUGAACUGUGAUGCACAUGGUUGCUCGGCUUUGACUGAGUGCAGCAUUUAAGGAAGAAAGAGAUCGUGUAUUUGUAGGAUUGAUCCUCCAGGCGUGCCUUAGAUUUCACCUUUGUGCCUUUUUAGUACACGUCAGAUCAUGUGUGCUGACUUUGCGUUUAAAAUUACAACCAAGGUUAUUUGGUUGUGAAGUGGCCAAAGAAGGCAGGAGGUGAUGCAAAAAUAAAAUGCUGCUCUUGGCAAAGGACAUUAAUAUUUUUUUGCCUCUGACACUGAUGAUAGCAAUAACAUGACCAAAAAAAAAAGAGUGAUUUGUUAACCCUGCUGUUAUAAGCAGUGGAAAAUGGUGGCGGGUAUCUUUUUUUUUUUUUUUACAUAUAUAUAAUAUAAUUAUUUAUUUUAUAUUUGUAUGAUCACACGAGCCCAAGCCGGUCCUGUUUACAAAUCAGACAUUUAAUAAUAGCAAUAUCUGCUUUCUAACAUGCCAGUUUACUUGCUUGUCAUGCAUUUGAUAUUUCCUCUGUCUUUUCUAUGAUAUUGCAUGUUUACAAUGUGUUUAAAAUGACACCUUGGGGUGGGUUGCUGUUGCACCAAUGUAUCACUUCUUCUAAGCCAAUCCUAAGCCUUAGUCGUAAAGUACUUUUCUCCUGGCACCAAUGCUGGAAAUAAUCGGUUUCCGUGAAAGGGUACUUGGUGAUUUCAUUUACUGUGAUUGGUGUUAUAUUUUUGGUGUACUAUUUUUUUCCGUUUUCUUUGAGAAGAUUCCACAGAUAAGGCGAAUAAUCUCGUUUAAAGAAAGAUUUUACAUCACCAGCUAUGUUUAAAGAAUUAUGUGCUGACUGGGUCACAAACCACCAGCUGUUUGUUGUAUGAAAGAGAAAGUGCUCCUCUUUAGUUGUUUCCCAUAUCAGUUCCUGUAUGACAAGAUCUGACCUGUGCUGUCUGACCUCAACUGCGCGGUUUAGUGAAUGCUUUUAUAUGCUUGCAAAUAAAAAUUUGAAUGCUA